GUAGAGACUGUGUAGAGGAACAGUGCCUAGCUGCUGCUGCCCGCCUCAUCUCAUCGAUUACUUCACCAGUCCUCACCUCGCUCUCCCUCGCUCGGCUCAGAGGUUCCCUCUAAAGUUUACCGGAAUCUGUAUAAGAUGAAGUGGAGUGGAGUUGUAAUCGCGGGUCUGUUGGUGGCGGUGGCGGUGGUCAGGGCGGAGGGUGAGAUCUGGGAGGAGAACGACCACGAGGUCCUCAUCCGCAGCGAGCGAGGGACCAAGAACAACAAAGAGCCUUGCCGGUACGAGAAAGGCCCGUGGUCAGAGUGCGAGCCCAAGACCAACAUGCGCACUCGGACCCUGACGCUCAAAGACAGAAAGAAGGGGGAUGCCACGGCCGCUGCCGCCAACUGCGAGCCAACCAAGACAAUCCAGAAGAAGUGCAAGAAAGGUAAGAAAGCCUGCCGGUAUGAGAAGGGAACCUGGAGCACGUGUAGUGCACAGAAUGAGAUGGUUCGCACGGACACGUUAAAGGACAAGAGUGACUCGACCUGCGAACAGACCAGGCAAAUCACAAAGAAGUGUAAAAGUAAGGGACAGAGGCCCGCCAAAGGAGGAGCAAGACGCAACCGACAGUAGAUGUGAUUCCAUUCAACUUUCUGCAAAUAUCAACAUUCUUUCAGAGUUACUAGUUGGUUGAUCACCUCAUAAGUCUCACUGUUAUUGUGUGUGAACAUAAGUCUUUGUGCAGGAUGUUUCUUUCUUAUUUGUGCAAGACUAUGGGAUUUUCAUUGUUGAUAACAUUACUUCUAUAGUCUCAAUGUAUUAACAUUAGGUGUUCAGAACCAGUAAUCGGAUAAAAUAGUUUAGUUUUUUAUAUUUUUAUUUAAAAGCUCUCUAGCUUGUUUGGAGCGUCCAUAGAACUUGCUGUGACCGCACUGCAUUUAAUUUUUUAUAUAAAGUCUGUAGUUUUUUAUGUUGUCUAAUGUUCUAUUGUAAACUGAGAGGAGUGGGAACGGGAUUGCUUGGUAAACAUUGAUUUAAUCCAUUUCUUCCAGUAGAGAAUACUAUAAUUGGAUCAUUAGGAUAUAGGCCUAUACAUUUUAAAAGCAAUUUUAAACCCAUAGUUAGAAGUAAAUAAGUAAUAUGUAGUUUUUACUGGAUUUUAUCAGUGAUUUUAAAACUUUUUGUUAAUUACAGAUUUGAUGGUCUUCGACAACCUAAAUGUUUUGCUGUAAAUAGCUAUAAGUGUCUAAUAAAUAUCUUUGACUUUAUAUUGUUUCAACCCGAUAAAUGUGAUGAACGGUAUUUAAGAACAACAUCAUCCACCAAUCAACAUCAUCAUGUCUACCUGCGAGGUGGGUUGGUACGUCGUUGUAUACAAGCCUAAAACUAAAUUUAAACAUUGAUAUACUGGCUUUAUAUUUUAUUAUUGUAUUAUGUAAUAAACCAAGUAAUCUACA